AUGCCAUCGCAAUCGCACGAAGCUCCGUGGGUCCCAAUCGCCCGCCGCAAACAAGCCGAGCGGGCAGCCCGCAUCCCCGCAAAGUGGCACAUCCCAGCCAGCGUCAUCCCGCGAGAUCCACCUCAUCUCCGAGACGGCCCCCAAAACGUCCUGAGCGUCCCCCGCCAGUUCCUCUCCGGGCUCGAGAUCUCCAUUACCGAGGGCUACACCAUCGAGAGACUCGUCAAAGCCAUAUCGUCGCGGGCCUUUACCGCCGUCCAGGUCGCUGAGGCAUUCUGCCACCGCGCGGCCAUCGCCCAGCAGCUCACGAACUGCCUGACCGAGCCUCUCUUCGAUGCUGCAUUGGAGCGCGCGGCGUUUCUAGACAGGUAUCUCAGCGACAAUGGCAAGCCUUUCGGUCCGCUUCACGGCCUCCCCGUCUCCGUAAAGGAUACGUUCAAUGUUACUGGCGUCGACUCGUCGAUGGGAUUGGCUUCGCUGUGUCAUAAGCCAGCGGCGGAGAAUGCACCUUUGGUCAACCUCCUCCUCUCGCUGGGAUGCGUGAUCAUAGCAAAGACGAACAUUCCCCAGACGCUUGCUAGUUUGGACUCGGUGAACAACGUCUUCGGCCGGACCAUGAACCCCAUCAACCGGCUCUGCACUGCGGGCGGAUCCUCCGGCGGCGAGGGCGUCCUAGUAGCUAUGAAGGGCAGCAUGAUUGGCAUUGGCACCGACAUUGGCGGCAGCAUCCGCAUUCCGGCCAUGUGCAACGGCGUUUACGGGUUCAAGCCAUCUAACGGGCGCGUGCCGUACGGCGGGCAAGUUCGCACUGGGUUUGAGGGGAUGAGUCGGGCUUCAGUGCAAGCUGUCGCUGGCCCGAUCGGCAGAAGUGUUGAGGACAUUGACACCCUUUUGAGAGAGAUCAUGCCGUGGGCAUCAUCAUGGGGCGAAGACUGCAUGCCGACGCCGUGGUCUCCAACUCCGCGCAGCAUGAAGGCCUCAGGAAGUGGGAAGAAUGGCGAGCUCGUCAUCGGCGUCCUUCGCGGCGACGGAAACUGCGUUAUUCAUCCGCCGAUCGCAAACGUGCUUGAUGAAGUUGCCGCUUCCCUUGCGCACACAGCCAACAUCAAGGUAGUUCCGCUUGACAUUCCGAAAGCGCUCACCGUAGCGCAGUCCGUCAUGAACAAGCUCAUGGGCGUCGACGGCUCAGUUCCGAUGCUUGACAUGAUCGAAGCAACAGGCGAGCCCUUGGUGCCAUGGACAGCGGCCCGAAUCAAGAGAGGACAGCCCCAGCCACUCACACGCGUAGCCGAGAUUCAAGCUCAGCGGUCACAGAUUGAGCGUGAGAUGCUCAAAAUCUGGGUUGAGGAUGAUGAGUACGGUCGCCGUACGCAAAGGGUUGACGCGAUCGUGUGCCCCCUGGCGCCGCAUCCUGUACCUCCCAUUGAAGGGUAUAAUGCGGUCGGGCUCACUAGCAGCUGGGUGCUGCUCGAUUAUCCUGCAGGUACCGUGCCUGUGCGAAAUGUGGAAGAGAGUGAUUUGGAGCUUGGAAAGCCACAGGAUGGCAAGGCGAUUAGCAGCUGGGAUGAGAGAAAUCGGGAGCUGUGGGAUGAGAGUAAGAUUGAUAGACGGCUGUACUUGGGGACGCCACUGAGCGUGCAGAUAGUUGUUCCCAGGCUUCAGGAUGAGAAACUCGUUGAGGUUAUGGGUUUGGUAGAUGCGGCGUGCAAGGGAUAUACUGGAAGAUUGAAGCUGAAGUUGUAA